UAGUGCUUAGUGCAUAGAAAUAGCCAUAUACCAUAUAUUUAUGACACUAUAUAAAAAAUAAAACGUAUAUGAUUUAUAUAUGCCAUAUAUAUUCACAAAUAAUAGUAUAUUUGCCUAAACCAUGUACCUGCCUAGUCGCAUUCUAAUUAACGAAUUCAAACAAAAUGUCAAAGUUCUAACUAAUUUAGUUGCCCAAGUGAAUACAUUUUCAACAAAGCCUGAAUUGAAAAGUUCGAAUGAGGAGCUCCCAAAUGUAUUACAAUCCAAUAAUGAUAAAAAAGCAAGUACACCAGUUGAUUACAGAUUCAUAUAUCCAGAAUUUCUUCCGGAUCCGAAAAUUGAAUGGCGUAAUGCAGUUAGAGAGAAAUUAGAAAGAAAAGAUAUGUUAAGCCGCAGGGCCCAUAUUGACAUACCAGAGUUUUAUGUCGGUACAAUAAUGGCAGUUACAACAUCUGAUGUUCAUUCUGAAGGCAAAACAAGUCGUUUUGUAGGCAUUUGUAUAGAUAGAUCUGGUUGCGGCUUGCGAUCGAAAUUCAUUUUAAGAAAUGUUGUGGAUCAUCAAGGUUGUGAGGUGUUAUAUGAAAUGUAUGAUCCUACUAUUAAAAAAAUUGAAGUAUUGAGAUUGGAAAAACGACUUGAUUCCAAAUUAUUUUACUUACGUGAUGCUUUACCGGAAUUUAGUACAUUUCCUCUGGACAUGGAAGCUGAAAUUUUGCCAGAAGGAGCACCAAUACCUGUGAAUGAAAUAAAGGUAAAAUUGAAACCAAGACCUUGGUUAGAACGUUGGGAACGUCAAGAUCUAAAAGGCAUUCAACCUUUAGAAUUGCCUAAAAAAUUCUUUAUCAAAGCCAAGGAAAGAAGCACACCUUGGGAAAAAUAUGAUUUAAUGAAGCAAUACAGAGCUACUAUACCAGAAGAGGAACAAAAUGUUAUAUAUGCUGAAGUUUAUUCUGAAUUGCAUCAAUUAGAGUUAAUGAGACGCAAACAAAAACGAAGGAGAAUUUUUGUAAAGCCAGUGAAAGCAGCAUAAAAUUUAUGAUGUAUUUUAUUAUUGAUUUAGAUUUUGAA